AUCGCUCAGCUUGAAUGAGUCUCCUCUGCGCACACGGAAUACAAUUUAUUCAAAAGUAGCAACUUCGAGACGCCAGACUUCCCAAACAUAAUAUAAACAGAUGUAAAAGGGUGAGUCUUGUGUAAACCGGGAUGAAUAAUAACACUUAACAUUUUAAGGUGAGAAGAGAAGCUGGUGCGCUCACUUGCACGAUGCGUUAAGGUAACAGGUGGCACUUUAAAAUAUGUUUUUUCGCAUCUGUGUCUGUGUCAGUUUUAUAGGAAGGAAUUAGCAGCUACAUGCUCUCAACAUCAGUGCAGGAACGUGCGUUUUGAACAAAACAUGAAUUUAUCGCGUUUCUAAAGGGAUAGACGGCAUGGAAUAAGACUAAAGGAAGCUGCUUUUCAUAAACUUUGCAGCUUAGCAAUGUGAAGAACCCACAACGGCUCCAGAGUGAAGACAAGCGCCGAUGAAUGGACCGCAGGAUGUUUUCUGGUCAGGAGAGUCUGAAUUACAGCUUCAACCUGAGCGAUGACCGGGAGCUGGUGGACACGCCGGCGGGCAGAGGGAAACUCUCCCCGACGGGCUUCAUCGUGCUGUCCGUGGUGCUGGGCUUCAUCAUGACUUUCGGCUUUCUUAACAACUUUGUUGUCCUGCUUCUGUUUUGCAAAUUUAAGAAGCUGCGGACACCGGUUAACAUGAUGUUGCUGAACAUCAGUGUCAGUGACAUGCUGGUGUGUUUGUUUGGCACCACGCUCAGUUUCGCCUCCAGUCUCCGCGGAAAGUGGCUGCUGGGGCGCAGCGGCUGCAACUGGUACGGCUUCAUCAACUCCUGCUUUGGUAUUGUGUCGCUGAUCUCUCUGGUGAUCCUCUCCUAUGACCGCUAUAGCACUCUGACUGUAUACAACAAGCGUGGACCAAGCUUCCACAAGCCCCUGCUGGCUGUCGGGGGCUCUUGGCUGUACUCCUUGUUCUGGACAGUGCCCCCCCUACUGGGCUGGAGCAGCUAUGGCAUUGAAGGGGCAGGAACAAGUUGCUCUGUAUCUUGGACUGCUCAGACGGCCCAGUCGCAUGCCUACAUCAUCUGUCUCUUCAUUUUCUGCUUGGGUAUACCUGUCCUGGUGAUGAUCUACUGCUAUAGCAGGCUGCUCUGGGCAGUCAAACAGGUGGGUAAGAUCCGAAAGACAGCAGCCCGGAGGAGAGAAUACCACAUAUUGUUUAUGGUUCUGACCACAGCUGCCUGCUACCUGUUGUGCUGGAUGCCUUACGGUGUUGUGGCCAUGAUGGCAACAUUCGGCCCACCCAACAUCAUUAGUCCUGUGGCUAGCGUGGUGCCCUCACUACUGGCAAAGAGCAGCACUGUCAUCAACCCCCUCAUCUAUAUCCUUAUGAAUAAACAGUUCUACAGGUGUUUUCGGAUUCUGUUUGGCUGUGAUCACCAGUCGGCGGGGAACGGCAACAACUCAGUGCAGUCCAAGACUACGGUGAUCCAGCUUAACCGCAGAGUCAACAGCAACAUGGUGGCCUGCACCGCCCAGAUCUCCACUGAUGCCUUCAACCAGUGCUGCAGCACGCCAGCCAGCAAGCAAACAGCCCCCCCAGGGUCAUCUGAGACUGACUAUACUCAAAAUAACUGGACAAGACACACUGUCAUGAUGAAUAACUCUGCUUAAUAGCUACACUUAGCAAUGUGAACUACAGUGAAUUGUGGGCCCCAAGCCUGAUGCAUUUAGACACUAAAUGUAUUUUUUGUGUGAGUCUGUGUUUGUACGGAAUCUUUCUUGUGUCCACUCACAGUUUAGGUUUUGUUUACAUGUUUACAUGUGAAAGAUAACGAGAUGGCUCUAGAAAUACAGUUUCACACCAUAUGGCCAAAUCUGAUCAUUACCCUUUAUAUGUGACUCAUUCCUGAAGCAUGGACAUUAAUAUGUGGCAAUAAAAGCCUGCACCUUUCUGAGAAGGCUUUUUGUAAGAUUUUGGAACCUGGCUGCAGGUAUUUGAUCCCAUAAGCCUGACUCACUCACACGUUCCAGUUCAUCCCUAAAUGUGUUUGAUGGGUUUAGUUCAGGGCUCUGUGCAGACCAGUCGAGCUUUUCCUUACCAAAUUCAGGAGCAUAGUCUUUUCUCUCUUACUUUCCUCUAUGGGGCAUUGCCAUGUUGACACAGGAGAGGACCUUCCUCAAAUUGUUGCCAAAUGUUUGAUCAUUUUUAUGAAAUUAACUAUCAAUUUUAUUAUCACCUAAGCUUAUUUUAUGUAUGCAGUAGAAACAGGGUAAACAUGUUGUGGAAAAUUGCCUCUACAAAUAAGUGGAAUAUUCAAGGGUUUUAUGGUUCCUCAAAAUUCUUGUUUCUACUCAGCUAUAAUGUAACUACAAUAAGUUGAAGGUUGAACAUUUCCAUUUUUAUUCAUAUACAUUAUGAUUACUAAAAUCCAGCAUGUUUUUUUUUUUCAUCCAUUUUUUUCUUCAAAUGAAAAUCUUUGUGCCUAUUCUCUGUUGCUAUUCAGUCAGUUUGUCAUUGUGCUGCUGUAAACACCAAGGAUAGUCAACCAUAGAUUUGUGCUGCAAUCUGUGUCUAAGUGGAUUGAUGGUUUUGUCAUUUUACUUCUGUCUUUCUGUACUCUUACUCCAACCUCCACACUGCUCUGACUGACCAUAUCCUGCAUUCAACUUUGAACUUGUAUGUACACAAAGUUAAUAAUUUAGAUCUGAAUGUGUCAGUUUUGUGUCUUUUGAUAUGGUUACUUUGUGUUGCAUGAGUUUGUUGGGUUUUUUUGUACAUUAAAUAUCUAUCAGAUA